CAUGUCUCAUCGAAGAAAGUGAGACAGCGAACAUAUUUGUAAUGUUGGAGCUCGAAUCUUUGACUAAACGUCUGCUGGGAGUAGAGCAGACGGGUGGAAUAGAAAAUAAAUCCGCGAACAUGGAGCAUAAAGACGGUGAUGAUAAUUUUACUAAUUUUAGUAUAACUGAAAUUCUGAAACCGUGCUUCGGCAAGAAAUGUGUGACGACAGAAGUGUUGGAUUUAUCUCGUUACCGCGAAACAUUCAACACUAAACACCCGUACACAUGUUAUAACUGGAGCGCAAGGUUACACGAACAAUAUGGAUUAACCAUCAGUGCAUUUUCAGUGCCUAACCAAAAAUGUGCGUCGGGACUUACAAUUCAAAACAUUCCAACAUCAUCGUCGUCGCAUAAUACUGACACUAACAUUACGAGCUUGAACGCGAUCAAAAGCAUUAACCAAAGCCUUCCGCUAAAUCUGGACGUACGGAAUUUCGCGUCAAAACCGAAUGACGUCGCUGACAAACACGAACGCGACAGCGAUUCGCGACCGGAAACGGGGGAACGCCGACGAGAAUAUUGUGGGUCCGACGGAGAGAGCGUCAAGAGUAGCCCGGCGACGAGUCCCGCGGGAAGUCCCGGAAGUAGCCCCACCGUUAGUGGUGGCCGGAAGGAAGGCGGCGACGGUGACGGCACCGGGAAGCUGUGGCCGGCGUGGGUCUACUGCACGCGAUACUCGGAUAGACCGUCGGCAGGUAGGACUAGGCCGCGCUGCCGGAAGCUCAAGCGGAAGGAGAAGACGGUGGACGAGAAGCGGCCGCGAACCGCCUUCACCACGGAGCAGCUCCGGAAACUCAAGGACGAGUUCGACGCCAAUAAGUACCUGUCGGAGAGCCGACGGCAGCAGCUCGCGCGGGAACUUGGCCUGAACGAAUCGCAGAUUAAGAUCUGGUUCCAGAAUAAGCGUGCCAAAAUAAAGAAGGGAACCGGUGAGCGCAAUGGUCUCGCCAUGGAGCUGAUCGCCCAGGGGCUCUAUAAUCACAAGACACUUCCGGUGAAGGCGGAGUCGUGAUCGGUGGCUGCUUACCGGACAUUACAUGACGGCGACGACGAGUGAGCAAGCGAUUGCGUCGGAUUUAUGGUGUAUCCCCCCUCCAGGGAAAUAUCGCAGUCUCAACACUAUUUGAUGAUGUAGUUGAGAGUACUCGUGACUACUGCGUUUACACAAAUCAUGUGCUGGUUUUUAAAGUAUUUUUUGUUUGUGACUUUUUAUAUGUAUCUGGCGGAAAUCCAUAUAUCUGUAUUUUUUUGAUAAAUAUAUGACUCAAUUUAGUUUUUUGCCAGGUUUCAAACUUCAAACCACAUUUUAGUCAACAUAAAGGGAAUUGCGACGUGAAUGAUAAUUCUGUGGCUGCGUUUCAAAAGUGGCUCAUUUUACGUCAAUCUUGCUCUGGGAAAACUGGGCUCAAUGUAUGUGCGUGAAGUUUAGUCCCAGAUUAGCCUGUGCAGUCCUCACAGGCUAAUCAGGGACGACAAUUUCCACCCAAACUGGGUUUUCGGUUAAAAGAGUAUUCCUUUUCACGAAAAAAAACAUACAAGCGGAAAGUUUCGUCUCUGAUAAGCCUGUGCGGCAUGUACAGGCUUAUCUGGGACAACACUUGACGCACAUGCGUUAAGCCCAGUUUUCCCAAAACGAGGCUUAUAUUGUGAAAAAUAAUUUUUAAAACACAACUUCGCGUUAUACAAGCUAUUAAUGUAAGUCAUCAUCAUUUUUUCGAAGGAAAAGUGUUGUUGUUGUUGUUUGUGUUGUCAAAAUCUACUGAAUUCUGACCAUUUACCCUGUUUUAUUCCAUUUUCAGUUUAACGAUACAUUCUUGUCAUUUAAUCUUGAAAUAUGUAUGAAAUAAAUAUUUGACGAUUUGGU